CUAAGGACUGAUUUCCCCCCCCCCCAUUCAUUAAACGUUAGGAAUUACCUCUUUCUGUUUAGCUUAAGUAUCCCUUGUCUGAUGGAUGUAAACGUCUGAUGGAUAAUUACGGAGAUGCAUGCAGAAGUUCGUUGCUGAGGAUAUUAUGAGUUAUACCUCCAAAGUUGAUGUUUUACAAAAAUGAUGCAGAAAGAAAAAUUUUGAAUUGCUACUUCAAAUUAGAUAGGAAAAACGCCGGGGGUAUUUCCGUAUCGUGAUCUGUCACUCCAAAUGGAUGAAAAAGGUGCCAAAUAGAUUUUAAACUUGCAAUAUUUUUUUUUUGAAAGACAAACAAACUUGUAGAUGUUUGCUUAGAGAUAGCUACAAGUUAUAUCUUUCGAGUUGGUCUCUUUCUGUGAUGUAUUUCUUUAGUUUCUUGCAGGCCACUGCCUGGAAGUUGCCAAGUUUUGGCGAUUAUUCUGUCACAGAUCAAGAUAUGGAAAUCUCCCCAAAUGCGGUGCUUCGAACUGAUUUUUAGAAAGCUGAAUGAUGGAGAGUCCUGACGUAGCUAAAGAUUUUCCUGGAUUAUAUGCUUCAGGAAGCAAAAAAACUAGUGAUAGUGAAGAAGAAAAGUUAACUCGAUUAGAUAUUCUUGGAAAAAAGAAAGACUCUAAGAAAGAUAAAGGUUACAAAGUAUUUGAAGGUGAAAGCUCUGAUGAAAAUUUGGAUGAAUCAAGAAGUCCUGGAAAAAGUAAAAAGAAGUCCUUUAAAUUUCCUGGAAAAGAUCGCAAAGAAAAAAGUAAAGUAAAAGAGAAAAAAGAGGAAAAGCUAAGCAAAAGGAGUAGCAAAAAAGAAAUUAGAGAUAGUAAAACUGAUAUAAAGGAUAUUGAAAAAGUUAAGAAGAAAAAAGAAAUUAAUUUAAUUAAAUUAAAACACAAGAAAAAGAAGAGUGUUACUCAGGAUGCAAAAGAGGAAAAACCUAUAUUCGGUAUACCUCUUCACGUGGCAGUUGAAAGAAAUAAAACUCGUGACGGUGUUGAGUUACCUGUCAUCAUUCGAGAAUGUAUAGAUUAUAUAGAAGAACAUGGUUUAGCCUGUGAAGGUAUUUACCGAAUCUCUGGAUUAAAAUCCAAAGUGAGGCAAUUAAAGGAUCAAUACAAUCGUGGGGAAAAAGUAUAUAUGUAUGAGCAUGAACCUCAUGUUGUCGCAAGUUUGGUAAAGCAAUAUUUACGUAAUCUUCCAGAACCAAUUCUGACUUCAGAAUUAGCUCCAAAAUUUGAGGAGGCUGCAGCUUUGAAAAAUGGUCCAUUGAAAGUAGAAUCUUUAAGAAAGUUGCUUCUUCAGCUUCCAACUUGCAAUCAACACCUCAUAUCUUGGAUUGUUAUCCAUAUGUUGCAUGUAAUAUCUAUGGAAAAAAGAAAUAAAAUGAAUUUGCAAAAUGUAUAUAUUGUUUUAAGUCCUACAAUGCAAAUUAGUCACAAUAUUUUGCAUGCUUUUUUUAAUAACAGUGAUGUCUUAUUUUCUGGUGUUGAAAUAAAAAAAUAUGUUCCACCCAUCGAUCUGGACAGUAGUUUAGAAUUACCAGAUUCACCUAAUUCAAUUGCUAAAGAACUUUCUAAGCAAGAAAAUGUUCUUUCUGUCCUUCAUGCUGAAUUAAACACUGGCUUGAGAGAUCACCAAAAAGAAGAGCAACUGUGGGAAAUUCAAAGAGUUGUAACUCAACUUAAACGAAAGUUGCGCUUUUUGAGGCAAGUUCAAGAGACAUCUUGUCCUCCUUUAUCAUGUGAUUUACAGACUGAAAAAAAAUCAUCACCAUCUCACACUGUUGACAACCAGUCACCCACUCUUCAUUUAUCUAACACAGCCAUUGAAGAGGUUAUUUUAAGUGAAAAUCAAAUUGAUGACCAACCACCUGAGAAAACCACAUGUGAAAAUUUGGAGGAAAAAUCAGAGCCACUAGAAAAUAUUUCAGAUUCUAUAGAAAAGGAUGCAUCUGUCACAAGUUCAUUGGAUCCUUCUGUGACCACUUUAUCUAAUGAUACAAAAGCUGAAUUGCCAGAAGAAAGUUUUGUUUCUGAGACUUCAGAUUCUAAUCAAGCUGAGAAUGAAGAUGAUUUGAAUUGCUUGAUUCUAAAAGAAAGAAUACUUGCAUUAAAAUCAGAUGAAUUGAUAUUAAUUAGAGAGGAGUUACGUAAAAAAAUACAUUCUGAGAAAAUGGACAUGUCACGUCUCAAGAUGGAAAUUCAAGAGUAUGAAAAGUUUUAUAAGUUCAAGAAAUACUCAUUUGACUCAGCAGAAAAUAGUUCUUUGGAUGACAGCAGUUCUUCUUGUGAUACUGAAGAAGAUUUGCCUGAAAUACUUAAAGAUCUAAUGAUGGAUAACAAAGAAAUGAAGGAAAAAAAUAAUGAAAUUUUGAAAAAAAUCCAGCAUGAACGGGAGUUGAUACUAAAUGCUAAAGUUCAAAUGAAAUUGUUGAUGCAGAGCAGAAUCUUUAAUAACAGUACCCAAGAAGAGCUUUUAAUUUAACUCCUACCCUUUCUUUCUGUUUUAUUCAUUUCAUGUUCACACAUAUUUGCUAUGUAUAUGUAAUACAAUGAAUUCUCGCUACUACGAUAUCCAGUACAGCAAUAACUCCCUUUAUUGCGAUAAUGUUUCGUGGUCCGGAUGAACUUUAAUAUGAAUUAAUGUCAUGCUCCUCCCAAUAUUAUGAUAUUCUCUGAAGCAAUAAACUCCUGUGAAAAAAUUUUUACCCAUACUUCAAACUUA